AUGAGUCCCUCGUCAUUCAAUUUCUCGGUGCUUAGGGUCACAAUUAUACAGUUGUUAAGAUCCAUAGGAUUCGAUAGAUGUCCACCAACGCUGAUAGAUAUAUUGACUGAUAUUUACAUAAGGCAUCUCCAACUACUGGCUUCAGAAUGUAUAUCUCUUGCUGAUCUUCAGGGUAGACGGGAAAUCAAAAUUCAAGACAUUACACAAUCAUUGGAAAACAUUGGAAUGAUCAAACCAACAAACAUACUAGAUAUUUAUGAUCAGUAUGAAGGUCCAAACAAAGGCGCGGAAAACUUCUUGCUGUGGGUUGUGGGUAGCAUUCCUGAAAAUUCCCGUGUGGUUAGCAAACCAACACCAGAAAUGUUGAAUACAAAUAAGGUGAAAUCAAAUCCGGUGAUUCCUGAAUAUAUCAAUGCAUUAAAUAACAGGCAAGAUCCUGAUGAAAUAAAUGGUGAUGCUCUAAGAAAUGAUCAACAAAGGCAACAACAGCAACAACAAGAUGAGAUCUUGGAUGAUGAUUGGCUCAAGUUUUUGAUGAAAAAACAAUCCAAGAUUGGUCAUGAAGAGAGAUUCAAAAAUACAAUUUUGAACACACAAACUUCAAAUUCACAUAGUGAUUAUACAGUUGUUGGUCCAAGAAAUGAAAAAUUGGAGGAAAAAUUACCUUACAAUAUACGGUAUGAGGAAGAUGAUGAUGAUGAAGAUAUAAAUAUAGGCUCAAGACAACAAUCAGUGGAAUAUAGAAGCGAUAGUUACUAUUGA